UCUUCCGACGGCGCCGGAGCCGCGAUGGGGGUGACCUGCGUCUCGCAGGUGCCGGUGGCGGAGGGGAAGAGCGUCCAGCAGACGGUGGAGAUGCUGACGAGGAAGUUGGAGGUGCUGGGGGCUGAGAAGCAAGGGACUUUCUGCGUGGAUUGCGAGACCUACCACACCGCCGCCUCCACCAUCGGCAGCCAAGGGCAGCCAGGCAAGCUGAUGUACGUGAUGCACAACUCUGAGUAUCCCCUCAGCUGCUUUGCUCUCUUUGAGAACGGUCCCUGCCUCGUCGCAGAUGCCAACUUUGACAUCCUGAUGGUGAAGCUGAAAGGCUUCUUCCAGAAUGCCAAGGCCAACAAGAUCGAGAGCCGGGGCACCCGCUACCAGUACUGUGACUUCUUGGUGAAGGUGGGCACGGUUACAAUGGGGCCCAGUGCCCGUGGGAUCUCUGUGGAGGUGGAGUACUGCCCCUGCGUGAUCGCCAACGACUGCUGGAACCUGCUGAUGGAAUUCAUGCAGAGCUUCAUGGGGAACCACACCCCUGGCAUCCCAUCUGUCUUUGGCACCAAGCACGACAGCAUCUACAGCCCCUCAGACACCGUGGUGCAGUACAUGGAGCUCUUCAACAAGAUCCGCAAGCAGCAGCCGGUGCCCGUGGCAGGGAUCAGGUGAGAGGAGCCUGGUUCAGAGCCACUGCAUCCUCUCCUCUGCCCGUGUGGAUCAGGAUUCCCUCAAAAAGCAGCACUGUGGAGGCAGCCCAAGGUUGUUUUGGUGUGUUUAUGUUUUUGUUUUUAUUGUUUUCCCUUUUUGAAAGCCAAGGUUUUGAAAUGCUGGGCCUGUUUCAUGUGUCCCCUUCCCUGUGUCCGGGAUCGGGUUGGUGGCUCUGAAGGUUCCUCCCACAGUGCUUCCUGCAGGGAAUUGCUGUUCAUUGGCAGGAGGGAAGAGGAGAAAUUCCACCCAAAUGCAGGCAAGGGCAGAGCUUCCUUGUCUGCAGACAUGAGAGAUUAUUUUUUUAAUGUUUUUGAUUCUUUUUUUUUUUAAAGAUACCCAGGUGAAAGUCAUUUUUCAUCAAAAUAAAAGGCUGUGUUUUGUGAGGAGAA